AUGAAAAAUGAAAAUACUCCUGACCAAUUAAUGGACCUUGAUUAUCCGUCGUGGUCCCAAGAUUCAGCAGUUCCUGUUACAAGAAAAGAAAUAAGGGCCAUAUUUGAUGAUUUAACUAAAAAAUUUGGAUUCCAGGAAUCUUCCAAAGAGAAUAUCUUGGAUCAUUUAUUGACACAAUUAGAUUCAAGGGCAAGUAGAAUGGGUGCCCUCUCUGCUUUAAUUUCACUACACGUUUCCUAUAUUGGCGGUGAGCAUGCGAAUUAUAGAAAAUGGUACUUUGCUGCCCAAUUAGAUUUAGAUGAAGAAAUUGGAAUACAAAACAUGCAGCUCUCUGGGAAAUCACGGAAUAGGAAUUUGAAAAUGGCCAAGAAACGCGGUGUUUCGAUUAAACAACAAUUGGAAGAUUGGAAAGUAAAGGAACAAGAAUUUAUAAAUAACCACCGACAUGUGACUUUCUCCAAAGAACAACUAAGGGAUAAAAAUAAUUUGAAAGUAGCUGACUAUAAAUGGAAAACUAAAAUGAGACAGCUCUCCUCAUAUGAAAUGGUUAGGCAGCUUUCUCUUUAUUUAUUAUGCUGGGGUGAAGCAAAUAAUGUUAGAUUUGCUCCCGAAUGUCUUUGCUUUAUUUUUAAAUGUGCUUUGGAUUACGAUUCAAAUACAAUCAACCAGCCAGUUACCGAAUACAGGCCACUGGCAUGUUACUUGGAGGAGAUUAUAACACCGUUGUAUAACUUCAUGAGGAAACAAAGUUUUCGAAUGAAUUCAUCAGGAAAUUGGGUACGAAAGGAGCAAGAUCAUAAGAAUAUAAUAGGGUAUGAUGACAUGAACCAGUUAUUUUGGUACCCUGAAGGUCUAGAAAGGAUCAAGCUCUUUUCAGGAGAACGGUUAAUUGAUAAACCACCUCAAGAGAGAUAUUGCUACCUCAAAGAUGUAGAGUGGUCGAAAGUAUUUUAUAAAACAUAUUUUGAGACAAGAAGUUGGAUGCAUUGCGCCACAAAUUUUAACCGUUUUUGGAUAAUUCAUUUCGCUCCUUUUUGGUUUUUUACAGCUUUCAACUCUCCCGUUUUUUAUACAAAGAAUUAUAAUCAAUUAUUGAACAAUGGACCCACUCCACAAUCAAGAUUAUCUGCCGUUGCCUUUGGUGGUACCAUAACAUGCCUCGUCCAAAUAUUUGCUACUCUUUUUGAAUGGAAAUUUGUACCACGAGAGUGGCCUGGUGCUCAACAUUUAACUUUGAGAAUGAUUGGUCUUAGUUUUUUGUUAGUUAUUAAUGUCGGCCCUUCCGUUUACACCUUUGGCUUCUUUGAAUUAGAUACUUAUUCAAAGUCCGCCUUUAUUUUAUCGAUUAUUCAGUUGAUAAUCGGAAUUGGAACGACAUUUUUCUUCGCAGUAAUGCCUCUAGGAGGCCUUUUCCGAUCAUAUCUCAAAAAAGAUAAAAAAAAAAGAAGAUAUAUCUCGUCACAAACUUUCACAGCUUCAUUCCCAAAGUUAUCUGGAAGAAGCAAAUGGUUUUCAUAUGGCCUAUGGAUAUUUGUGUUUCUCUGCAAGUACAUCGAGUCAUAUUUCUUUUUGACCUUAUCAUUAAGAGAUCCAAUAAGGGUGUUAUCUAUUUUAGAUAUCAGAUGCAAUGGUGAUAAGUUGAUAAAUACGGUGCUUUGCAAGUACCAAUCAAAAAUAACUGUUCUCCUCAUGAUAUUUGCAGACCUAGGCCUAUUCUUUCUCGAUACUUACCUUUGGUACAUUAUAUGCAAUUGUAUAUUUUCCAUUUUUCUAUCAUUCUCUUUAGGGACAUCUAUAUUCACACCUUGGAAGAAUAUCUACUCAAAAUUACCAGAAAGAAUCUACUCAAAAAUUCUAGCAACUAAUGAAAUGAAUUUCAGGCUUAAAUCGCAAAAGUUGACGUCAGAAAUUUGGAACGCAGUUAUCAUAUCUAUGUACAGGGAGCAUCUUUUAGCUAUCGAACAUGUCCAGAAAUUACUGUACCAAAAAGCUGAUCGCGUCACGGUAGAUGCCAAAGACCUUAAAACACCAACAUUUUUUGUGGCACAAGAUGAUUCGACCUUUAAAUCAGUUGAUUUUUUCCCUGCCAAGUCUGAGGCAAAAAGAAGGAUCUCAUUUUUUGCACAAUCACUAUCGACACCUAUUACCGAACCUUUGUUAGUUGAAUCGAUGCCAACUUUUUCUGUAUUAAUUCCACAUUAUGGUGAAAAGAUCUUAUUAAAUCUGAAAGAGAUAAUAAAAGAAGAAUCUUUCAGUAAUAGAAUGACAGUUCUCGAAUAUUUAAAGUUACUCUAUCCAUCCGAUUGGAAGUGCUUUAUUAGAGACACAAAAUUGGUAGAUAAGCAACUAGAAGCAGAUAAUAUCGCAUCAAGAGAAAUUCGUCGUCUGGUUAAUUUAAAUAAUAGUCAAGAGCUACUAAAUCCUACUAUACUAACCGAAAGUGGCAAAAUAGAUGAAUCGGAUACCACUGGGAAUUCGAAAGUGGACCCUAUUUUUUUAGAUACCAAUGGAGAAUCUUUCUGGGUUAAUGAGAAAAUUAAAGACUUACCACUUUAUGCGUUUGGAUUCAGUAAAACCGAGGCAUUGUAUACUAUGCGUACACGAGCCUGGGCAUCUUUACGUACUCAAACGCUUUACCGUACAAUUUCAGGAUUUAUGAAUUACUUAAGCGCAAUCAAACUUCUUUACCAGGCAGAGAAUCCUUCAGUCUGUACAUUAUAUGGAGCAGAUGCCGAUGCAAUUGAAAAUGAAUUCGAAAGUAUGGCCAUUCGGAAAUUUAAGAUGGUAGUUGCCAUGCAAAGAUAUGCCAAAUUCAAUGAAGAGGAAUUAGAAGCUACAGAAUUUAUUCUUAGAAAAUAUCCAAUGAUUAAUAUCUCAUAUAUUCUAGAAGAGUUUGACCAAGAACGUAAUGAUUGUAAUUAUUUUUCGUGUCUAACGAAUGGAUACUGCAAACUGGAUGAAGAUACAAUGCUUCGCGAACCAGUUUUUAAAAUCAAGCUCUCCGGAAAUCCCAUACUGGGGGAUGGCAAAGCUGAUAAUCAAAACCAUUCCAUUAUUUUCUAUAGAGGUGAGUAUAUUCAGGUUAUAGAUGCAAAUCAAGAUAACUAUUUAGAGGAAUGUUUGAAAAUUCGCUCUGUCUUAAGUGAAUUCGAAGAAUUGGAAAUAGAUUCUGCUAUUCCUUAUAUUGCUGGGGUGGAGUAUGACGAAGAAGCAGCUCCCGUUGCCUUCGUUGGAGCCAGAGAAUAUAUAUUUUCCGAAAACAUUGGAGUGUUAGGGGAUAUUGCAGCCGGUAAAGAACAAACUUUUGGCACUUUAUUCGCAAGAACUUUAGCUGAAAUUGGAGGAAAGUUACAUUAUGGUCAUCCAGAUUUUAUCAAUGCUAUAUUUAUGACAACAAGAGGAGGAAUCUCAAAGGCUCAAAAGGGCUUACAUCUAAAUGAAGAUAUCUACGCAGGUAUAAAUGCAAUUUGUAGAGGUGGUCGUAUAAAACAUAGUGAUUAUUAUCAAUGUGGCAAAGGUAGAGAUCUUGGAUUUUCUUCAAUAUUGAAUUUUACUACUAAAAUUGGAGCGGGUAUGGGUGAACAACUGCUUUCCAGAGAGUAUUAUUAUCUUGGGACACAACUUCCUAUCGACAGGUUUCUCACCUUUUUCUAUGCACAUCCCGGUUUCCAUCUGAACAAUCUAUUUAUCUCAACGUCGAUUCAACUCUUUUUUACUUUACUAAAUUUAGGUUCAUUGAAUUAUGAGACAAUCGUUUGUAUGUACGACAAAAAUGCAUCGAUUAUCAAAUUGGAAGAACCACUUGGCUGUGCAAAUAUUAAACCGGCGUUAAAUUGGGUCUCAAUAUUUGUCUUAUCAAUAUUCAUUGUUUUCUUUAUUGCAUUUGCCCCAUUACUAAUUCAGGAGCUCUUGGAAAAAGGCCUGUGGAAGUCAUUAUCGAGGUUCACAUUCCAUAUAAUUUCUUUGGCGCCCUUGUUCGAGGUUUUCGUUUGCCAAAUAUACUCAAGUUCAUUGCUUACUGAUAUUACUUUUGGUGGAGCCAAAUAUAUAUCUACUGGUAGAGGCUUUGCAAUAACCAGGAUUCCUUUCGCUACAUUAUAUUCGCGAUAUGUGACAACUUCUAUCUACAGUGGUUUACAAAUAUUCCUUAUGCUUCUAUUUGGCACAGUUUCAAUGUGGCAACCUGCCCUUCUUUGGUUUUGGAUUACAGUGAUUUCAUUAUGUUUUGCCCCAUUUAUCUUUAAUCCACACCAAUUCAGAUUUACUGAUUUCUUCAUUGAUUAUAGAAAUACUUUCCAUUGGUUUUCUACAGGGAACAGCAGCUAUAAGAGAAAUUCAUGGUCCACCUUUACGAAGAUAACUAGGGGUCAAUUUACGGGAUACAAACGGAAAAUACUUGAUGAUCCUUCCGAAGAGGGAACUGGAGGUUUCAAUAAAAUAAGAUUCUUGAAUGUAUUAACUACUGAGUUGCUAAUGUCAUUUUUCUAUUUUUUCUUCAAUUUCACAGCAUACAUGUUUAUCAAUUCACAAACAGGAGUCAGGCAGGCAAGACCAACGGAUUCUAUCACAAGAUUAGUUUUGGUAACAAUUUUACCGAUAUUAUUUAAUAUGGUUGUUUUAAUUGUUUUUUUCUUCAUAUCUUUAAUUGCUGGACCUUUAGCCACCUAUUGUAAGAUCCAUAUUGGUACAUUCAUAUCAUUUGUUGUCCAUGCGUUAUCGAUACUUAUUUAUAUUAUUGAUUUUGAACUUAUGUGGUUUCUUCAAGAAUGGUGUUUUUGCCGCACUUUAAUGUUGUUGCUCACUUCAGUCAACUUACAAACUUUCAUUUUCAAAUUGAUAACGAGUGUACUUUUACCAAAGGAAUACAAGAAUAAUAAAUCUCAUUUGGCAUGGUGGACGGGAAAUUGGUAUAGCACUGGAUUAGGCUGGUCGAUAAUUUUACAACCUUUUAGAGAAUUUAGUGUUAAAAUUAUGGAAUCGAGUUUUUUUGCUGGUGAUUUUUUCAUAACACAUUUUUUAUUAUACAUGCAAACUCCCUUGUUGUUCUUCCCAUUUAUUGAUUAUUGGCAUUCAAUGAUAUUAUUUUGGUUAAACCCAACUCAUAUAAAUAAAUAUAAGAGAGUUUACAGUAAAAAGCAAAAGAAAUUAAGGAAUUCAAUCAUCAAAAGGUAUUUCUUAUUGUAUAUACUUAUUUUGUUGUCAUUAUUGACACUGUUUAUUGUCCCAUUCUUUGCACAUAAAUUUAUCCCUGAACCAAGAAAAGUUUUUGAGAAUAUUACAUUUUUACAUGAUACCGUUCAACCUUUCAAACAAGAUAAUAAUGAUACUGGGCCGAACGCUCCUUCCACCAUUCUGAGGGCCGCUCCACCCAUGCCUGUAUUUAAGACGGUCAACUAG